UCAACAUUUGUAUAUAUAGGGUACUCUUCUUGAUCUUUAUACCUUCAAAAUUUUCACAUCUUCACUUGAUAUAUAUCUCUUGAAAAGAUGAGGAGGAACUGCAACUUAGAACUCUGCCUUUUUCCUCAAUAUGUUUCUGAUAGCAAUCACAAUCAAAACCAUCACAUGGUUGAAGAAGAAGCAGAUAAUGAUAAGAGUUCAAUGCAAAAUCAGCAACAGCCAUUGACUAUUUUCUAUGAUGGCAAGAUGUGUGUUACUCAUGUCACAGAAUUUCAGGCCAAAUCAAUCUUAAUGAUGGCAAAUAAAAAAGUGCAAGAAACAGUAAACACACCAACAGGGUCAGAGCCAUCAACACCAACAAUAGUAGAAUCUCCUCAGCAAUCGUGUAGUCCUGGUCCUGGUCUUUCAAUGAAAAGAUCUUUGCAACGGUUUCUACAAAAGAGAAAAAAUAGGAUUCAACAAGCUUCUCCAUACAAUCAUUAACAAAUUAGAAUAAAUCUUUCAAUUAAAAUAAGAUCUUUGCAAUGGUUUUUUCAGGAGAUGAUUUCAGAUCCUAAACUGAUUGUGAUUUUUUAAUAGUGACGUAGUGAGCUAGGAGAGUUUAAGGCAGGAAAAAGUAGUUGAUUCUGAUGGGUUAUCCCUUCUAUUAGGACUAGCCAAAAUGAAUGGGGUUAGUAGCUCAUGUGUGUAUAUGGUUUUGUUUUUAUCCAACAUAGAAGAAUAGGGUUAAAUAAGUGAAAAACAACAAAAGAAAAGAGAGAAGAGUGAAAAACACAGCAGCCACACCAAUUCACGCAACCUGUUUUCAGCUCCAACUAGUCCAACAAAAUUAGAGUUUUCUCACAACUCAACCGUUGGAUCGUCCAGAAUCUUUAGCACAGUGUUCAUCACUCGUAGAAGUACAUUCUGAACAAUGGAGAUCGGAUACAAAGCUUUCUAAGUCUGUCUGUCGAGCCCAUUUGUGAGGUGUGAAUUUUUUGGUGUUUUUGGGUUUGUUUGUCUCUUUUGGGAUGCAAGAAGCAUACUUUGGUUAGGUAUAUGAAUUCGGAUCUAGCCGUAAGCUUACAUGAUCGAAAAUCCACAUCUGGGUAUAUGGUGACUUUUGUCGGGGGAGUCGUGGCUUUGCAUUCAAAGUUGCAAAAGUGUCUUGCACUCUUAACUAUCGAAAUCGAGUUUAUAAAUGUUGUAGAAGCGUCAAAAGAGUUGUUAUAGCUGAGAAAUUUUUCAAUGGAACAUGGUGUGAAACAAGAAAAGUAUGUCUUGUUUUGUGAUAAUCAAAGUUUCAUUCACUUAUCAAAGAAUUCCUCCUUUCACUCAAGGUCGAAACAUAUUGAUGUUUGUUAUCAUUGGAUUUGUGAUGCAUUAGAUUCCAAGUUAAUGGAUCUUGAGAAGAUUCAAACUUAUGAUAAUGGUUCAAAUAUGCCGAUGAAGGUGUUUCCUAGGGGAAAGUUUGAGUUUUGUCUUUCAACUAAUUGGUUGGGGGAGUUUGUUGGCUUAUCCCUCCCAUUUGGAGUGGCCCAUAUGAAUGUGGGUUAUUAGCUCAUGCGUGUGUAUGCGUUUUUUAUUAUCAAACAAAGAGAAACAGGGUUAAGUAUGUGAAAAACAGCAAAAGAAAAGAAGAGAGAAGAAUGAAAAAUACAACAACCACAUCAAUUCUUGCGGCUUGUUUUCAGCUGCGAAUAGUCCCACGAAAUCGGAGUUUUCUCAUAACUCAACUGUUGGAUCAUCCUAAAAUUUUGGCAGAGUGUUCGUUACUCAUAGGAGUACAUUCUGAAUGGCGGAGAUCAAAUUUUGAGCUUUCUAAGUCUGUUUGUCAAGUCCAGUUGUGAGGUGCGAAUUUCUUGGUGUUUUUGGGUUUUUUUGUCUCUCUUGAUUCUUGUUUUUUUGCAAAAUUGAUUGUAGAUCUUGAUGAUGUUUAUGUAUGCCUAUAACUAGUGUUAGAGAGAAAAUUACUUGUACCCAUUAUUGAUUAUAGUGGAGAUAUUAAGUGGCAUAAGGGUCUCGUGGUUUUUUACUUUGUUGAUAUUUGUAAAUAUAUAGUGUUAAUAAUAUUUGUAUAUAGAAUAGUCCCACAUCGACUAUAUCAUAUAAUUAGUUGUAAUCUCUCUAUAUAUAAUAAAGUCUCCGUAGUGCUUUACAAAACACACGGUUUAUUCAAAUGUCUCUUAGUCUCUCAUAUUUCAACAUGGUAUCUAGAGCCUACUGAGAGACAAUCUUUACCGUGCUUUACCCGGUUGACCCACUGUCGUCCGGUGAGAAAUUUUUUGGCAAACCGUGUCAUAACUCCGGUUUGCCUUCCAUACACUGCCGUGUCAUAACUCCGGUUGCCGCCGCCAUUUGUUGUUGUUGCUAUUGUUUCCGGCAACCUUCCGGCUACCCACUUGCCACCGUGCAACUGUUCCAGAUCUGAUACUCAUGGCUACUCAGAACUUUACGCCAAACUACGAUGAUUUUCUCAAGUGGUAUCAAAAUUAUCAGAACUCAGAUUAUACUGCUUCGAUUGCACACACUGGUAAUUCAUCUGCUUGCCUUUCUCAAUCAUCUUCUCUUGGAUCCUGGGUCCUUGAUUCUGGUGCGUCUGAUCAUGUUACUGGUAAUAAAAAUCUUUUCACUUCCCUCUCUACCUCGGGUUUCUUACCUACUAUAACUUCUGCCAAUGGUUCUCAAACCCGAUCUGAAGGGAUUGGU